UCGCUCAGCAUUUAGGCAUAUGUCUCUUCAGAGGGUCGUUUUUCUUCUAUCAAACUAAAGAUCAGAAGACUGAAGAUGACAACGAACAGGAUAAAAAGCAGCGCAGCGGUUUGUGUAUCAAACGGACUCACUCAGAAGUCCAAAGAAGUGGAGGAACGGGGCCACUGGGGGACCAAGACGGAGUUCAUCCUCACCGUGAUGGGGGCAAUUAUCGGCCCUGGAAAUAUUUGGAGGUUUCCAUACUUGUGCUACAAGAACGGAGGGGGCGUGUUUUUCAUCCCAUACAUCGUGUUCAUAUUUACGUGUGGAAUACCUCUGUUCUUUCUUGAAACCGCGUUAGGGCAGUACACCAGCCAGGGGGGAAUCACAUGCUGGCGGAAGAUUUGUCCGCUUUUUCAAGGCAUCGGUUAUGCCAGUCACCUUAUCAUCGCAUUCAGCGCCACUUCAUACAUCAUAAUCCUUGCUUGGGCGUUUUUUUACCUGUUCUCCUCCUUCAGCUCAGACCUGCCAUGGGCUUCAUGUGGAAACUCCUGGAACUCAGACUCAUGCUUCGACAGCCGUCUGAAUCUGAGCCUGGAAUCACGACUGAACACUACGCUCCCCGUUGUAGAGUUCUGGGAACAUCGAGUUCUAAAGAUCUCCGGUGGGAUCGAGGAGGUGGGUGGCCUGAGGUGGGAACUGGUGCUGUGCCUCAUCCUGAGCUGGAUCAUCUGCUAUUUCUGUGUCUGGAAAGGAAUCAAGUCAACAGGAAAGGCAGCGUACUUCACAGCCACCUUCCCUUAUGUCAUGCUGUUUAUCCUGCUGAUACGAGGCGUGACCCUCCCAGGAGCUCUGGAUGGGAUCAUUUAUUAUCUCUACCCUGACAUCUCUCGCCUCUCAGAUCCCCAGGUCUGGAUGGAUGCUGGUACUCAGAUCUUCUUCUCCUAUGCAAUCGGCCUUGGUUUCCUCACUUCUCUUGGGAGUUACAACUCCUUCAACAAUAACUGUUACAGGGACUGUUUCUACUUGUGCCUGCUGAACAGCGCCACCAGCGUUGUGGCUGGCUUUGCCAUUUUCUCCGUUUUGGGCUUCAUGACGUUCGAACAAGGCGUGGACAUUUCUGAAGUAGCAACAUCAGGCCCUGGGUUGGCAUUCAUUGUGUAUCCGCGUGCUGUGGCCAUGAUGCCGAUGCCUCAGGUGUGGUCCGUGUGUUUCUUCCUCAUGAUCAUUCUGCUUGGACUAGACAGCCAGUUUGUUGGUAUAGAGUGUGUGAUCACCUCUCUGGUCGAUCAUUUCCCUUCUUACCUGCAUCAAGGCUACAGGCGGGAGCUGCUUCUGCUUCUUAUGUCCUGCAUCUUCUGCAUGUUUGGAUUCUUACUUGUUACUGAGGGUGGGAUUUACCUGCUGCAGCUGUUGGAUCACCACGUCUGCAGCGGCUCCACCCUGCUGAUCCUCUCGUUCUGCCAGUCUGUCAGCAUUGGCUGGGUCUAUGGUGCAGACCGUUUCAACGACAACAUCAAGGAGAUGAUUGGCUAUCAUCCAUUUCCUUUCAUGAAGUACUGCUGGCAGUACAUCACUCCUCUGGUUUGCUUUGGAACCUUCAUCUUCUCGAUUAUCAAAUAUACUCCACUGAAGUUCAGUAACUCCUACGUUUAUCCGCUAUGGGCAAAUGUCCUGGGAUGGUUUUUUGCCACAGUUUCUCUUUCGCUCAUCCCUCUCUUUGUGCUUUUCAAAUUGAUCAAAGGCCGAGGCACACUCCGACAGCGUUUCCUAUCACUCUGUAAGCCCGUCGCUACCUUGGACCAAAUACGCAGCACUUCCACACCGGAGAGCGACAGCAGCGCUCCGUACACAGAGCUCAAACCUCUGACCCAGACGGCCGGACCCACUGAGGUAGAACCAACAAACUGCUCAGCCGACAGGCUGACCGUCUACUAGCAGAGAUCCAGGUCUGAGUCACCGAAUGUUCAGACAACAAAAUCCUUCGAACCAAAGCCGGAGAAUGACCCAUCCAGGUCCACGGUCUAUCUUCAGCCAUCUCUAAAACAAAGUGUAUUUUCUGGAUAUAUUUUCAUACAUCUAUUUUUAUGUAUAUUCAUAUAUAUCAUCAUUGGAGCUAGUUUGCUGUACAUGAACAAGAAGAACAAAGAUGUAACCAAACAAAGCAGAUUAUAAGGGACAUUAGGUGUAAAUAUCCAGUCAAAUAUGGAUUAUAGAUUUUGAUGUUUUAAUUAUGAUUAUGUAUAUCAGCUUUGAACAGUAAAUACUUCACAUUUAAACAGCUUUAUUAGGAGAAGUUUAGUACAAACCUGUAUAAUUAACCUCAUCCAAUAUCAGAAUCCCUUCAUCGUUUUCACAUUUUGUCACUGGACUAAAAUUGUUUCUCUUUCUUUUCAAAGACUCAACCUGUCAGAUUGGUUGGAUCACAUCUGUGAGCAUCAAGUCUUGCACAAAUAUCCAAAUGCAUUUAGUUCCAAACUUUGACUGGGCCAUUCUCAGACUUAAAAAUGAGCAUAAUAAGAGAGAGAGAAGUGCCUAAACUUGUAAUAUCCAUUUAUAUUCUAACCCUGCUUAAACUUUAUCUUAUUUUAUCUCAGAGCUGUCUGCUGUGCUUUUGGUCUUUGUGAGGUUUUUUUGUUCACUAAAGUGAACAAGGUUUGUUAAGGGGGUUUGUUAGUUGUCUAACAAACCUCUAAAAACUUCACAAAUUAACAUUUCAUUUACUAAUUAGAGAAGUCCUGAAUGCAGUCAGGUGCUCUGGAGUUUAUUUUGGGGUCUCAGAAUAAAGAUUAAAUACAAAAGUAUUUUCAAAAUUAAUCAAAUUUCCUUCUACAUCAGGCUGACUGUCUUGGUUUGUAGUGAUGUGACAAAAUGUGAAAAACCUCAACAGGUGUGAAUACUUUUGUAAGGCACUGUGCAGGUGUUUUUUUUUUCUAGAAUCGCUAAUCAGCACCUUAAUGCGUUCACACUUUGAUCUGUGUCAGUCAGACACCAAGUUAAUAAAAUAUCUCUUUCAUCUGCCCCACGCUGGAGCCAUUUUGCCUCAGAUUCGGUGGACCACAUUGAGUCACGAAGGCUGAGCCACUGUACCACAUUCCAGGUUUACAUCGGCCCCAACAUGUCUAAGGCCUAUUAGCAGGGUGUGAAGAAAUUACAUUGAUGUUGGAAGUAAAACUGGCAAAUAUAAAUGAGAUUAACCCAGCAGGUGUCUUUCAUUUACUCACAUGCCAUACCUGGAGAAACCCAGGAGGCCAGCAAAACGCUAAGCUGGGAGCCUUUUCACACAUUACACACCAACAUCACUUAAACAUGCUGUAACGACUGCUCACAAUCAAUCUGUUCAAAGCUGAUCGUUUUGUAACUGUGUGGUUUAAUAUAACGUUUUAAUAAGGGGUUUUGUUAAUUGUUAUUAAUAUUAAAAGUUUUUUGUUUUUUCUGUGCUGCUCUGACCAACUUUUGUCACUUUGUAUCGGUUGUUCAUUCUAACUUUGGAUCAAAUGGUUUCAGAUGAACUCUUUGGUUUUGCAAGGCUACAAUAAAACAUGUAUUCAAACCAGUAUCAAUACUGUAAUAAACCGAAAUGGGAUUUA